CUCUCUCUCUCUCUCUCUCUGUCAUCUUACCCCGGUAACAUGCUGUACGUGCUACAUGUGGUCUCUUAUCGCAACUUGCGCAGGCAUGGGCCCUUAUUAUCGCCUCGGUCCCGCUGAUGUCCGCGGCUCUUGCACUCAUCGAAAAGCGGAGGCCUCGAAGUGGGAACGGCUUCGCCCUGGAGGCCUACGACAACAUCUGGGACAUCCUAUCCUCUUUCGCCUACAAAGGACAUACGGUAAACACAGAGAGCUACGCUGGCCGGUUACUGCUGUCGUUCUGGUGGCUCAUGGUGCUGGUGAUCACAAACGAAUUCGCCGGUAACCUCAUGGCCAGCAUUGCCAUCAAGAGCGAGCCGCCAAGAUUCCGUUCGGUGGAAGACAUCGCGUACCAGACAUCCAUACGACCACUCAUCUGGAAGGACACAGGGUUUGAUACAUACGUGCGGGCGUCGCCAAGACCAUUGCUUCGCGCACUGACCAAGCUGGCGAUUCGCACAAGUGGAUUCGUGACCCUGUCAGAACUGUACUCCGAAUCUUCCCUGGAGCAGCUGUACAGUGGCCGCGCUGUCUUGAUCAACGACCGAGACGGGAGCAUGACCACCCUGGCCACGAAAUGUCGGCUCACCGGUGGGAGGCUGUACGUGGCUCCGGAGUACCUGUUCACGAUUUUCAGCACCGUCGCGUACUCCAAGCGGUUGCCGGCCGACCUGCAGGAGAGGAUUCAAGCAAAAAUGAGAGCCAUCAUCGAGUCUGGACUUCACCUCGAGUGGUACAACGAGGGGGUGAAGGCGUGGCACUUCUGCCAGGACAUGCAACGGUCCGGCGCGUCCAAAGCCGGCGUGCUGUCUUUCGAGGAACUGAGCUACGACGACAUGGCGGCCAUAUUCGUCCUGUGGGGCAUCAUGGUGGCCUUCUCUCUCAUCGUCUUCGUGCUAGAGAUGUGUUUUCACAAGAUGGGGACCGAGCACUACUGCAGGUUCCCACGCAUCAAGUAUCCAAGGUUUCCACACAAGUAUCCUGCACACCGCCCAGGACGCGUACUGAAGAAAGCACACUCUGUUAAUAAAUACGGCAAUUGA